AUGCUCUGGUGCAAGAAAUAUGCUGGAAAGUAUGAAAAUGCUGAUCAAGAGGUAGUACUUGCGGAGAAAAGUAGAGACGAAUCAAAACAAUGGGAAUGUGAAACCAUUAUUUCUACAUAUUCAAAUCUUGAGAACCACCCUGCUGAAAUUGAAGUUUUGGAAAUAAGGAAGAAUAAUUUAACUGAAACUGCAUUUGGAGCUCCCAUUGGCUGGGUGAUAGUUCUAAAACGUGAAGAAACAUUUUUAGUAGGGUUUUUACCUCGAAAAGAGAUGCAUGAUGUGGAAGAAGAGAAAGAUAAGAAAGAUCCUACUGAUUGA